GUGGCGCGGAUCGAGGCCAGGUGUCACUCGGUGGGAGCCCGGGAGCCGCGUGCCCCGCCCCGUCCACCGCCCGCGCCCUGGCGCCCCCGCGCGCUCGAAUUACCUGCGGCCGUGGGCGGGGCCGCCCUUCCCGUCUGCGCCGGCUCUGGCCUCCAGCGCGCCUCGGCCGGGAAGUGGGAGCGAGAAGCGAGGAGGCGGAGACUGCGGCGGCUCCAGCCCGGCCGCGCUCCGAGCGGAGGGGCUGCAUGGCGCGGCCGGCGCGGCUGUGUGGGCUGUGGGCGCUGCUGCUGUGUGCCGCCGCGAGCCCAGGAGCCGCGGCUACAGAAUCUCAGCCACCUGUGACAAAUUUGAGUGUCUAUGUUGAAAACCUCUGCACAAUCAUAUGGACGUGGAGUCCUCCUGAGGGAGCCAACCCCAAUUGUAGUCUCAGAUAUCUUAGUCAUUUUGAUGACAAACAAGAUAAGAAAAUUGCUCCUGAAACUCAUCGUUCUAAGGAAGUACCACUAAAUGAAAAGAUCUGUCUGCAAGUGGCAUCCCAAUGCAGUGCCAACGAGAGUGAGAAGCCUAGUGCUUUGACAACAAAGUGCAUCUCACCCCCUGCAGGUGAUCCUGAGUCUGCCGCUACUGAGCUCCAGUGCAUUUGGCACAACCUAAGCUAUAUGAAGUGUUCCUGGCUCCCUGGAAAGAAUGCAAGCCCUGACACAAACUAUACUCUUUACUACUGGUACAAGAGCCUGGGGAAAAUUCUUCAGUGUGAAAACAUCUAUAGAGAAGGUCAAUGCAUUGGCUGUUCCUUUAAACUGACUAAAGUAGAUUCCAAUUUUGAACAGCACAGCAUUCAAAUAAUGGUCAAGGAUAAUGCUGGGAAAAUUAGGCCAUCCUUCAAAAUAGUGUCUUUAACUUCCUAUGUGAAACCUGGUCCUCCACAUAUUAAACAUCUUUUCUUAAAAAAUGAUGCCUUAUUCGUGCAGUGGAAGAAUCCACAGAAUUUUAGUAGCAGAUGCUUGUCUUCUGAAGUAGAAGUCAAUAGCAGUCAGACUGAACUCCAGUCUCCUUUUUCCGUUGAAGAAGACAAAUGCCAGAAUUCAGGAUCUGAAAGAAACAUGGAGGGUACAAGUUGUUUCAUACUCCCUGGUGUUCUUCCUGAUGCUGUCUACACAGUCAGAGUAAGAAUCAAAACAAACAAGUUGUGCUUUGAUGACAACCACCUGUGGAGCACCUGGAGCGAAGCACUGAGUGUAGGUAAGGAGCCGAACUCCACAUUCUACAUAACCAUGCUACUCAUCAUUCCAGUCAUUGUUGCAGGGGCAAUCACUGUCCUUCUUCUUUACCUGAAAAGGCUCAAGAUCAUUAUAUUUCCUCCAAUUCCUGAUCCUGGCAAGAUUUUUAAAGAAAUGUUUGGAGACCAGAAUGAUGAUACCCUGCACUGGAAGAAAUAUGACAUCCAUGAGAAGCAAUCCAAAGAAGAAACGGAUUCUGUAGUGCUGAUAGAAAACCUGAAGAAAGUGUCUCAGUGAUGGGGAUAAUUGAUUUCUUUUUUCUUUCAAUGUGACCCUGUGCAGAUGCAUUGCAUUCUCCAUUUGUUAUCCGAGGACUUGUUAAAUAGAAACGGAAACUACUAGACCCUUGAAAAACAGUCAGCUCUUGAGAGCCAUAGGUUUUGAUGCCAGUCUUGCACUGACAAAUCCAAAUAGAUGGAGCUCUUCAAGAAGAAAACGGAGUCCUUCUUGUCCUUGUUGAAUCUUAAAAGCAGACAUCCUUUGCCAAGUCUCCAAACUAGAGGACAAAGAAAAGGGGCAAUGACCAUGGAUUCAUCUUAUUAAGAGUUGUGACAGCUUCCUAAGGAAUCUCUGCUUGCUCUGUAUUCUUUGUGUGGAAUAACAUCAAGAAAUUUUACUUGUGAGGAACCUCAUUUGGGGUGUGUACACUAAUGCUGAACUUGAUUCCCAGAGAACAGUUAGCAAACAAACCUGAUACAAUCUGCUGCCUAUUGUUUGGGAACUGCUGAGUAAUGUUUGUGGCUAUUAAAAUGCACUAUCAUUAUCCACUUCAAUAGCGUUUUCCUCUGCUUUGAAAUUCCCAGAAAUCAUCUUGGCAAUGGUGAUGACAUGUACAAAAAAAGCAGGGGCAACUUCUCCACCAAGGCUGUCUUAUGUCAUUGCAGGGUUUUUUAGGAUAGUGGAGGCAGAAUGACCUAGUAUUAGAGUUGGAAUCAAGAAAUCUAAAAGAUGUUUGCUCCCCUUAAUUUCUGCUACUCAAAUCAAGUAUUGACUAUGUAUCUAACUUGUACUACACCUUCAAGUAUGAGGGAUGGGACCCCACUCCUGGGUUUACAUAAAUUUGGGACUCCAUAUUUCUUAGUACUUUCUUUAUCUCCAGACUUUUGAACUUCCUGUCUCCUGUUCUUAUUCCCUGCUAUGCCUACUCCCCCAUCCUCUUUCAUGUAGCCUUUUGACUUGCAGUGGAACUCAGGAUACAGGGAAUAAUUUGCAUCUCAGGUAAAAGAUGAGUAUUCUAAACAACAAUGACUAAUUCAUACAGAUUUUGCCACUUCCCUGUGAGCCUGCAAUUAUUUGAGGUUUUUGAGCAAUUGGUGUUUCUUUGUGUGUUCUCUAAUAGAGAUAAUGUCUUUUCUUCGCUUAGAAAUUAGGCUCUAUUUGCUCAAGGGGAAAAAAAAAAGAUUUGUGUCUGUUUUUCUUUGUUUGCAAAAUAGGACUUAGGGUGGCUAUUUUCCAUGCUGUAAAUGGUUCUGUCCAUUCUGUGUUUUAUUGAGAGGGAGCCAAGUGGGACUCCAACUAUGUACUCAAUUUUUGCAUAUGUUAGGUUUCCAUUUUGUCCCAUUUCCACAAUAUAUGCAUAUGUAUAUUCCCCCCUAUUCUGACUACUUCCUGCAAAUUUAAAACAUUGAGAGGUACCCUACUUCUCUUUCUCAUACCUACAGAUCACUGAAGAACUGUAUAUAACAAAUUUUUCAGGCAUUUACCAGUUCAUAUUAAUAAAAUGAUGCUACUUGCAUCUCUUGUUUUUAAGCAGGUUGGGAACCUUGCUUCUGUGGUCGUAGUGGUAGUGGAGGAGCACUGUGCCCUGUCAUUUCAGGACAUGGGGGUCCAUGGUGUGAUUGAUGCACAGGUGUCUCCUCCUGGUGCUUUCAUUUGGUUGUCAGAUUGCAGCUGGGCUCCGGGCAUCCUAGGUGUUCAGUUUCCUCUACUAGUCACUUGAAAGAAUACUUGGCUUUUUGUAGAAGAGGGAAAUCACUCCUACCCAGGUUUUCACAAAUCUGGGAAGGAAAGCACCUAAAUGCAUUGCACAGGGCCACUUUUACUGCUGGCCUAUUUGAUGGUGAUGAAGAGGAUGCCUUGAAAUGCCUGGAGACCACCAUUAUGAGAGUUACGCAGCAUGGGAACAAGAACAUCAUAUUUUACUUCCAUUCUCCUCUUUCAGCAGUGCAAGAGCAGAGGGGAAAGAGGAUAGUACAUUAUAGGAAUUCCUUUGUUUUAAUGGACAAAAGUAAUCUCCAGGACUUAGGAACUCUUAAAGACAUCAGUACAUUGCUUAUCGGAAACUUGUAGGUUCGUAUAUUAUUUUGACUAAGGUAUAUGGAUUGCUUUCACCUACACAUAUAAGUAAACCCAGUGUGAGGAGGACCAUCCCUUUUCUUUCAUUCAGAUAACCUUUUUUCUGAAUCUGGGUGUUGAAGGGAUACAUGAAAUAAUGUUAAUGUUUUUAAUAAUGUCUGCUACUAGGAGUCUUUCUGUUUAACUUCUUAUAAGAAAGUAAAAUAAAUAUUGUCUUUUUGUAUGUCACCUAAAUGCUUUCUUUUGAUCUUAUUUUUGGGAAAGUAUUGUGGGGAG